AUGAGCACAGUGACUAAUGAAUCAAAGAAGAAGGAAACUAUUGACAAGGCGCUUAUUUAGUAGUAAAGGGAACAAUUAAAGUAGACAGUUUUAGAAAGAUUUAUUAAAGAUUUUGGUAAGAACAACAAAAACAAAAUAUAAGUAACUUACAUUUUAGAGAAUAGAUAAUCACUUAAAUAGUGAAUGAUUAUUUUACAAAAACUAGAGUGACUGAUGUAACUUUGAAAUCUCUUAAAUAAUAAGUUUAAUAAGCAAUUCAAAAUGCAGGAUCAACUACACAAUCAUAAGCUGAAAAAUCAAUAUAGGAAUCUUAAGGUAUUAGAUUACUAUGAAUAAUUUAAGUCACUUAAUAAUAGUAAGCAUAAGUUGUUCAAUAACAGAAGCCACCUAGUAGUCAAUCUAGAAAAUCAAAUUAAUAACAAUAAUAAUUGUAAUAAUAUAAUUAAGAUGCUCAUUCAGAAAUAUCAUCGAAAGUAUUCAUUUAUAUGUAUAAUGUAAUAAGGCUCCAAAAUCUGUGUAUAUGAUGGAAGGUGAUGAAGAUGAUGAAUGGGCUACGUUAGUUAAGUUCGAUACUGAAUUAUAUAAGAAGGAGAAGGAACUUGAAAAUGUUAGAAAAUAAGAAUUCAAAAAGAAAAUAAAGUCUGAAUUGGAUAGAUAAUUAAAUGAAAAAUAAAAUAAAAAAUAAGAGGAGGUUUAAGAUGAAGAUGCUUAUGUUAAAUUACAUCAUUAUUAAUUAAAUGUUUAUGAUUAAAGAGAGAAAGAGAAAUAAGAUAAUCUUAAAAGCAAGAUAUUUAAUGAAAAAUUAUAGAGAGACAAAUAAGUUAGAGAUGAACAACAAAGAAAGUAUUAAAAUAAAAAAGAUAUUAUUUAGAAAAGUAGAAUAAAAAAAGGAAAAAGAGUUAGAUAGUCUACUUGUUAAAAAGAUUAGAGAGGAAUUGGAAUUGGAAUAGAGAGAAUAACUUAAUAGAAGAAAUAAAGAGAGAGAAAGAUUCUUAAGAAUGAUGAAGGAAAAUGAGGAAUAUAGAAAAAAGGCAUUAGAAGAUGCUAAAUUAGAGAAAGAAGCUGAAACUUAAAUGUAAUAACAAUACAUUAAUUUGUAAAAUCAAUUAGAAGAAUAAAGAGAUUUGGAAAGGAAAUAAAGAGAAGAAAAGAUGAAGAAAGUAAUGGGUAUGUUUGCUGAGGGUGUUGUGAGAGAUCAAAAGGAAUUGAUAAGAUAAGAAGAUGAUAAAAUGUUAAGAAAUAUUAUAGCAUAAAAUGAAAGAGAAAAAAUAGAAGAGGAAAAGAAGAAAAUUAAAUAAUUAGAUUAAAGAUAAUAAUUAAGAUCAUUUUUAAAUUCUUAAAUAGAAGAAAAAAAGAGAAGAUAAGAAGAAGAAGAAGAAUUAAACAAAAGAUAAGCUGAAAUUUGGAAAUAAGAUUUGAAUAAUUAUAAUGAUCAUGAGAAAAAGAAAUUUGAUGUAUAAAUUUUUAGAAUAAUAAUUAGUAUAUAAAAGAAGUAAAUUUAAGACAUGCAGAUAUAUUAAAAAGUUAGAUUGAGGAAAAAUAAGGUAAAAUUAAAAAGAAAACAAAUAAAAUGAAUACAGCAGAAUUGCUUUAAAAUAAAGACAAACUUAAAGUUAUUGCAUAAGAAGUUCCAGAACUUGGAGAAAAAGUAAAGAAGAUUGAGAUUUGA